AUGAAUUCAGGUCACUAUGAUUUGAAUGCGAAUUUUGGUGGGUCUUCUUUCCCCAUUGUGAUCAAGAGGCUAUUCAAGACUCCCAGGAACCUUGAUUUUGAAACUGCAACAUGGGAAAUGGUUCAUUUGAUAUUUAAACCAAGAAAGGCAUUUAGAUCGUUUUAUUACCAACGUCAAACGAAGCAUCAAUGGGCAAGAGAUGAUCCAUCCUUUUUUAUUUUACAAGUUGGUCUUUUAACGCUGAGUUCGAUGGUAUGGUCAUUGGUUUAUGGACACACAUUCUUUGGAUUUCUAAAAAUGAUGAUAAAUAUGAUAUUUGUGGACUUUUUCUUUUACGGUUUUUUAGUAGCUACGAUCUUUUGGCUGAUACUGAAUAGACCUACUUUCAAAUUUAGAUCUGCAUUAGAGUCGCAAGUCGAGUGGGCAUACUGUUUUGACGUUCAUUGUAAUGCAUUUUUAACCAUCUGGGUUGUACUAUAUUUUGUGCAAUUUUUAUUCUUACCAGUGAUACAUAUCCACAAAUGGAUCGGUUUAUUUGUGGGUAAUGCUCUUUACUGCUUCGCGUUUGCCCAUUAUUUCAUUCUAACGUUUUACGGUUACAGUCAAAUAACAUUUCUCAAAAACAUUCAAUUCAUUUUAUUCCCAGCGCUUGCAUUUGCAGUGCUAUUCAUUGUUAGUUUAUUUGGCAUAGAUCUGUCUAGUGUAUUAAGCUUUUACAAAUAA